ACGCCUGCGCAAAAUUAAACUUUGUGGCGGGGAACCAAAACGACAACAAACCCUUAAGUUAGCUAGUAGACGGACUGCUAAUUUACGUUUUACUAGAAAACAAUUUUUACAUCCAGGCGUAGACGAUGGUUGAAGGUCCGGGGUGCACAUUAAACGGAGAGAAAAUCCGCUCGAAAGUCCAGAAAGGACAGAAAUUGAAAGAGAUUAGAGGAAGUUUGGUAACUUCAGCGAAAACCAAAUCCGAGGGAAAUGCCUUCCACAGUUUUCGUGGUUGUCAUUACACGAGUGUUGAAACUCUGGGAAAGGAGCUCUUCAUGUACUUUGGACCAAGAGCGAUGAGGAUCCACUUUGGUAUGAAUGGAUCAAUGCGUAUAAACCCUGCUGAGAGGAAGGACAGGACUGGCUCCAUACCUGUACUGGAGAUACACUUGACUAACGACAUUGUGUGCUUCUUUGACAGCACUGUGGAAAUAAGGUUGACAGAAGACUGUGAGCAAAGGGUGAGGGCGAUGGAGAGUCUGGAUGUGUGCUCCCCCAAGUUCAGUUUCUCGCGCUCUGAGGAUGCAGUGAGGAGCCAGAGUAGCAGGAUGCUCUGUGAUGUUCUCCUAGACCAGGCUGUCAUGCCGGGAGUCGGCAACAUCAUUAAAAACGAAGCCCUGUUUGACUCGGGCAUCCACCCAACCGUGAAGGUUCAGCAGCUGACAGGCGAGCAGAUCCGCCACUUGGUGAAGAUGACGCGUGAUUUCACUCAGCUGUUUUACAAGUGUCGCAAAUCUGGCUCUCCUCUCUACAAACAUUACAAAGUCUACAAGCGUCCCCAGUGCGGCCAGUGCUUUCAUGUCAUCACAGUCUGUCGUCUAGGAGACAGCGGCAGGAUGACUUACUUCUGCGAGCGCUGCCAGAAAGGAGAUCCCAGCAGGGUUGACAUCAGUAAGGUCCCCAUCAGAAACAGCCUGAUAGGCUGGGCCUACAAUGACAGAACCAAUGAUAAUGUGGCUAAGAAGGAGGAAGAGGACUGGGCCUGUCAACUCUGCACACUCAUCAACCAGCCUGCAGCAAAAGCCUGUGAUGCCUGCUUCACUCCAAGACCUGAGGUCCACAAAGACAGCAUUAGCGCUGAAGCAUCACCCUUCACUGCUGAUUUGAUUAAAUACCCCUGCACUGCCUUCAAGAAGCCACAAGAGGAGCUCAAAGUCAACUGGAGGUCUGCAUUUGGGACUUCAACCCUUGUUUUCUCUGACUUGAGCAAGAAGCCAAAGCCUGUAAACUCCCCGCUCUCCCCAGCCGACAGUCAUUUGAAUUCCUUGGCGGCAGAGCAAGGUUUAUAUAAAUACAACGUCUGCCAAGGGACAACAAGCCCCAAUUAUGCCUCUGGUGGCUGGCAGAGGCAAAGUGCCGAGCUCUCCGAUGGGGAAUCAGUGGCCUCCUACAGUCACCCAUCCAAGAAAAUGAGAAUUGAUCACAGUCCCUUUCUCAGUAACAAUGCUCAAAAUGGAACCCCCAACUCACGUACUCGCAGAAUAGAGGCAUCAAGCCGCAGCUCCUCCAUUUCUUCCAGUCCCAGUGUCCCAUGUUGCGCAUCCCAUCGUCGUCCCGCAGUCCUCAGAGUGGUCCACAAGGAGGGGGAGAAUAAGGGACGACAGUUCUACGCCUGCUCGCUUCCCAGAGAGGCCAAGUGUAACUUCUUUGAGUGGGCUGACUUGCACUUCCCUUCUUGUCACCAUGGGAAACGCUGUUUAAUGAGGACGGUUCUCAAACUAGGUCCUAACAAUGGCCGGACUUUCUACACCUGCAGCUUUCAAAAGGGUAAACAGUGUGACUUUUUCCAGUGGGCAGACAGUGGACCAGGGGUGUCCAUCCUCCUCGGUUGUUGAGGUGUUUUUGCAGUGCAUCACUUUUAUACAAAACCACGUUGCCUGUAGUUCAUAGAGCUAAAUGGAUAUAGAAAGGGACCCGAUAACUCUAUUCACUUCAUGAAAUACACACAUUGUACUGAAUCAUACAUUUAAUGAAGAAUAGCAUGAUAGCAGAUUUCAGAUACUGCCAU